AUGGCUGCCCCGCAGCCGGACAAGUUCCAGUUCGCCAUCGAUCGCGGCGGCACUUUCACCGACGUCUUCGCCCGCUGCCCCCGCGGGAAGGUCCGCGUGAUGAAGCUGCUCUCCGAGGACCCGGCCAACUACCGCGACGCUCCCACCGAGGGCAUCCGCCGCAUCCUGGAGGAGGAGUGCGGGGUCCCCUUCCCCAAAGACCAGCCCCUGGACACCAGGCGCAUCGAGUGGAUCCGGAUGGGCACCACGGUGGCCACCAACGCCCUCCUGGAGCGGAAGGGCGAGCGCUUCGCCUUGCUGAUCACCAAGGGCUUCCGGGACCUGCUCUACAUCGGGAACCAGGCGCGGCCCAGCAUUUUUGACCUGGAGGUCCGAGUGCCAGAGGUCCUGUAUGAGGCGGUGGUCGAGGUGGACGAGCGCCUGGUGCUCCAUCAGGAUGGCUGCCAGGUCUUUGAUUCUGGGCAGCGGGUGACAGGCCUGACCGGGGAGGCGGUGGUGGUGAAGAAGCCUGUGGACCUCGUUGCCCUGCGAGUGGAGCUGGAGGCGCUGGUGGCACGGGGCAUCCGCAGUCUGGCCGUGGUCCUGCUGCACUCCUACCUGUGGCCCGGCCAUGAGCAGCAGGUGGGUGCCCUGGCGCGGGAGCUGGGCUUCCGGCAGGUCUCGCUCUCCUCCGAGGUGAUGCCCAUGGUGCGCCUGGUGCCCCGUGGCUACACGGCCUGCGUAGACGCCUACCUGACCCCCUGCAUCCUCCGCUAUCUGCACAGCUUCCGGGAGGGCUUUGCUUCGCAGCUCCAGGGCGUGCCGGUCGCCUUCAUGCGUUCGGACGGUGGCCUGACUCCGAUGGAGGCCUUCAGUGGUUCUCGGGCCAUCCUCUCGGGCCCCGCUGGCGGAGUCGUGGGCUACGCAGUCACCAGUUACUCCCGCACAGAAGGGGAUCCGGUCAUUGGCUUCGACAUGGGAGGGACCUCCACCGAUGUGAGCCGCUACGCCGGAGAGUACGAGCACGUCUUCGAGGCCACCACAGCCGGCAUCAGCAUCCAGGUGCCACAGCUGGACAUCAACACAGUGGCCGCCGGAGGUGGCUCCCGCCUCUUCUUCAGGUCCGGGCUCUUCGUGGUGGGCCCCGAAUCCGCAGGAGCGCACCCCGGCCCCGCCUGCUACAGGAAGGGAGGGCCACUGACCGUGACGGACGCCAACCUGUGCAUGGGCCGCCUCCUGCCCAGCCACUUUCCUCACAUUUUUGGGCCCAACGAGAACCAGUCGCUCUCGCACGCAGCCUCCCUGCAGGCCUUCCGGGCGCUGACGGCCGAGCUGAGGACUUCUGGGGAAGCCUGGCCUGACCUCAGCGUUGAGGAGGUGGCCAUGGGCUUCAUCCAGGUGGCCAACGAGGCCAUGUGCAGGCCCAUUCGGGCGCUGACGCAGGCCCGGGGCCACGACACCUCUCGCCACGUCCUGGCCUGCUUCGGAGGGGCCGGGGGCCAGCACGCCUGCGCCAUCGCCCGGUCGCUGGGCAUGAGGAAGGUCUUCAUCCACAAGCACAGCGGGGUCUUGUCGGCCUACGGGCUGGCCCUGGCAGACAUCGUCCACGAGGCCCAGGAGCCCUGCUCCCUGGUCUACGGGCCGGCCUCCUUCGCCCAGCUGGAUCUGCGGACGGCUGCCCUGGAGGAGACGUGCCUGCACGGGUUGGAGGCCCAGGGCUUUGCCAGGUCCCAGAUCACCACCGAGGCCUUCUUGCACCUGCGCUACGAGCGGACAGACUGCGCCCUCAUGUGCUCGGCCAAGGGCCACCCGGCCCACGCCGGCUCCUGCAGCCGUGGAGACUUUGGUGCCGCCUUUGCCAGUAGGUAUCGGCAGGAAUUUGGCUUCACCAUCCCCAACCGAGCCAUUCUGGUGGACGACGUGCGGGUGAGGGGCACCGCCAGCUCUGGGAUGGGCCAGGAAGAGCCUCAGCCGAUCUGCAAAGAGCCCCCCAAACAGGAAAUGGUGACCCGCUGUUACUUUGAGGGGGGCUACCAGGACACCCCGGUCUACCUCCUGGAGAACCUCUUCCACGGCCACUCCGUCCCUGGCCCCAGCAUCCUGGUGGAUAAGAACAGCACCAUCCUGCUGGAGCCCGGCUGCACAGCCUCCGUGACGGCCCUGGGGGACAUCACCAUCGCAGUGGGCUCCGGCACCUUCCGUCCAAUUGGGCCUGAGCUUGACCCCGUCCAGCUGUCCAUCUUCUCCCAUCGCUUCAUGAGCAUCGCAGAGCAGAUGGGCAGAGUCCUGCAGCGCACGGCCAUCUCCACCAACAUCAAGGAGCGGCUGGACUUCUCCUGCGCCCUCUUCGGGCCUGACGGGGGGCUGGUCUCCAACGCCCCCCACAUCCCCGUCCACCUGGGCGCCAUGCAGGAGACGGUGCAGUUCCAGAUCCACCACCUGGGACCCGACCUUCACGAGGGGGACGUGAUCCUGAGCAACCACCCCUGCGCGGGGGGCAGCCACCUGCCCGACCUGACGGUCAUCACCCCCGUCUUCUGGGAGAAGGAGGCCAGGCCCAUCUUCUUCGUGGCCAGCCGGGGCCACCAUGCCGACAUUGGGGGGAUCACCCCGGGCUCCAUGCCCCCCCACUCCCACUCCCUCCAGGAGGAGGGGGCCAUCUUCAUCUCCUUCAAGCUGGUGCAGGAGGGCGUCUUCCAAGAGGAAGCCGUCACCGCGGCCCUGCUGGCCCCUGGCCAACUGCCCGGCAGCAGCGGCACCCGCAACCUGCACGACAACCUUGCCGACCUGCGGGCCCAGGUGGCCGCCAAUCAGAGGGGGAUCCAGCUGGUGAACGAGCUGAUUGGGCAGUACGGGCUGGGCGUGGUGCAGGCCUACAUGGGCCACAUUCAGGCCAACGCGCAGGUCGCUGUCCAAACAAUGCUGAGGAAGUUCGCCACACGCCGUGGACACGUGGACCUCCCCCUGCAGGUGGAGGCCAAGGACUUCAUGGAUGACGGCACCCCGAUUUGUCUCCGGGUGAAGGUGGACCCACAGGAGGGCACUGCACUCUUUGACUUCACGGGGACCGGCCAGGAGGUGUACGGGAACUGGAACGCCCCCCGUGCCAUCACCCUCUCCGCCCUGAUCUACUGCUUGCGCUGCAUGGUGGGCGAGGACAUCCCCCUCAACCAGGGCUGCCUGUCCCCCGUGCAGAUUGUGGUCCCCGAGAGCUCCGUCCUUCACCCCUCCCUGGAUGCCGGCGUGGUGGGGGGCAACGUGCUGACCUCCCAGAGGGUGGUGGAUGUCAUCUUCCGAGCAUUUGAAGUCUGCGCUGCCUCGCAGGGCUGCAUGAACAACAUCACGUUUGGGAACGAGCACGUUGGCUACUACGAGACGGUGGCCGGAGGGGCCGGGGCGGGGCCUCACUGGCACGGCCGCAGUGGGGUGCACAGCCACAUGACCAACACCCGCAUCACGGAUCCUGAGAUCCUGGAAAAACGGUAUCCAGUGGUCCUGCAGACCUUCCAGCUGGCGCCAAAUACCGGGGGGGCUGGGCUGUUCCGAGGAGGGGACGGGGUCCGGCGAGAGCUCCAGUUCCGGGAGGAGAUGGUCCUGUCGGUGUUGAGUGAGCGCCGGGCUUUCCAGCCAUACGGGCUGCAAGGUGGCGAUCCCGGUUCCCCGGGCCUGAACUUGCUGAUCCAACGCAACGGACGGACCAUGAACCUGGGUGCCAAGAUGUCUGUGAAAGUGCGCCCUGGGGACGUCUUCUGCCUGCAGACCCCAGGGGGAGGGGGCUUCGGACAGCGCCCCCAACCGCCACCCUUGGCCAAAGGGUCCGAAGAGACCAGGGUCCGGGCCCAGCUCUUCAGGGAACGAGGCAGCUUCUACUACUACAGCCGGUCACAGGAGACAAUGGAUGGGCCCUGA